GCGCGUUGUUCGUGAGGUAUGGGCCAAUUGUUGCUGCUUCGCUGCCUUACACGUUGGGCUUUCUCAAAGCCCAGAAUAGUCCAGCCCCCGUGCAUCGCACGAUUCCGGGCGGCGUGGCGCCAUGCUGACCACCCACAUCAUCCAUCUCCUCCGCCUCUGGGUUUGACUCUACUGCGUGCCGAGACAAAGCUGCAAAAACUAGAGUGAAAGAAAUGGCGAGCGUGGCCUCCUCGAGCUGUUCCGGCUUUCUCCUCCCGCCGAGCUUCGCCAGAGUCCGAUGCUCCUCCCGUCCGUGCUCUUCGCUCCGCCUGCGGCCGCGGUGGGGCCUGCGCCGGCCGAGGACCAUCGCCUGCGUCGCGCCGCCGGACUCCGCGGAGCCAGAGACGGAUGAGCAGGCUGUGGAAGCUGAGUCUGUCAAAGAAGAGGCUCCGACUAGUACACCCGAGGAUCCUGGGCUUCCAGCUCUCCCAAAUAAGGAUCUCAACAGAAGGGUAGCACUAUUGUCAACUCUUGGGGCAGUGGCUCUCUUUGCAUCCCAGAGGCUCAAUCUUAGCGAGGCAUCUCUUAAAGAUCUCGCUGCCAAUGCCGUGCCAUAUGAAGAGGCUCUUUCAAAUGGCAAGCCCACUGUUGUUGAGUUUUAUGCAGACUGGUGCGAAGUCUGCAGAGAGUUAGCUCCAGAUAUCUACAAAGUUGAACAACAAUACAAGGAUCGUGUCAAUUUUGUAAUGCUGAAUGUUGACAAUACAAAGUGGGAACAAGAGCUUGAUGAGUUUGGGGUGGAAGGCAUUCCUCACUUUGCCUUUCUGGAUAAGGAAGGAAAUGAGGAAGGCAAUGUUGUUGGGAGACUUCCAAAACAGUAUUUUCUUGAGAACGUGGUUGCACUUGCUUCUGGUGAUCCCAACAUACCUCAUGCACGAGUGGUUGGUCAGUUCUCCAGUGCGGAAUCUAGGAAAGUUCAUCAAGUUCCUGAUCCCAGAAGUCAUGGCUAGUAGUUGUCUUCUUUGUGGGCAGCAGUAAUUCUAGUUUUAAUGUGAAGACCAUUUGACAAGAGGAGAUGCUAGGCUAUACUAUAAUGUACUGUAGUAUCCAGUCUCGGUAUGGAACAUGCGGGCGCUGGAAAGAGGUUGUACAUUCGACAAAUCACAGAAGAAAAGACGCAAUCAUCAUCAUCUUUGGGAUGGUGAUAUGCUGUGCAUGUGCCUGUGGAUUCUCGGGGUCCAUCUUAGCGGCGCGGGUUAGUCAGUCUCAGUGAUACUGAAAUGUUGUACGGCAAAUGCAGAGAUACUGUUGUAGUAUGUUUUAAAAACAGUAAGGGUGAGUGGCUCAUGAAAGGAGCUUGCUUUUAUUCGUUGCUCGUGUAACACAUGUUUACGCUGCGUUUUCAAGAAUUCAGGUUGAAAAGGACAGAGCAAGCCUUGAUCAGCAUAUUCGCUCGCUCGGCCAUCAUGAUCGCCAGGUCAUCUCCUUUUGUGUGUGUGAUCAGGUUGUCUGCCACUCCGUUGCCCGGCAACCUUUUUGUGUACUUUUAUUGAUCGAGUAGAAAGAAUUAUAUUGAUUCAGAAUCA